AUGCCUCCGCCGCCCAUUCGCGCCGUCGACCCGCCGCGCUUCAGCGAAGACAUCGACAGCACCUGCUCCACCCCCUUCGUCAGCGCCCCCUCCAGCCCCGGCCACGGCCCCUCCGGCUACUUCUACAGCGCCCCUGCUAGCCCCAUGCAUUUCAUUCUCACCAACACCAGAUCCAAAUCUCCGUCCUCAGCUGAUUACCAGACGGUCUUCCUUUCCUCUGAUUCCGGAUCCUUCGAGUUCGAGUUCUCCUCCAGGUUUUCCCCCAACGGAUAUGGCGGACUCGCCUCCAUGACCUCUGCCGAUGAGCUCUUCUUCAACGGUCAGAUCCUGCCGAUGAAACUGUCCUCGCACCUAGCCACUCCGCAGGAUGGUUUUCCUCCGCCGUCGUUGGAUCUCGCCGGUGCCUCCAGCCCUAGAGGCAGAGAUCCGAGGCUCCGUAGCGCGAAGCUCGCGAAUCGCCGAGCCAGAUCCAUGUCGCCGCUCCGUUUCGAUCAAUGGCGCGGAGGAGGAGGAUUUGAUUCGCAAUGUGCCUCCAGCGCCGGUGCCGGCGCCGCCGUGGAGGAGAGAGGAAGUGAAGAUACAGGUGUAUCAGGCGAGACGACGCCAUCGUGUUCGGCGUCGUCGUCGCGGUCGACUUCCUCAGGUAGGAACUCGAAGAAGUGGAUAUUCCUGAAGGAUCUUCUGAAUCGGAGCAAAAGCGAGGGACGAGCGCACAGCAAGGAGAGGUUCUGGUCGGCGAUUUCGUUCUCGGCGGCGAAGGAGAAGAAGACGCCGCCGCCGCCUUCUCUGUCGCCGUCGUCCUCGCGCGAUGAGAAGGCCGGACCGGAGAGGAAAAAAACUCCGGCGUCGAGGAAACCGGCGAAUGGCGUGUGGAGGAGGCGGGCGGCGCCGUCGGCUCACGAGCUGCACUACACGGCAAGCCGAGCGCAGGCGGCGGAAAUGAAGAGAAAGACGUUUUUGCCCUACCGGCCGGGGGUCCUUGGGUGCUUGGGUUUCAGCUCAAAGAGUUACGGCGCUUUCAGCGGAUUUACUAGAAAUCUCAACCCCAUUUCAUCUCGCUGA